GCAAACGACGUUUGCUAAGUCGAAUGAUCACCGGUAUGGAUUAGACAUAGUGAUGUUGAUUUUAAUAACAAGAAUGUAAACACAUUUUUGAAUAGAAACAAAUUCUCUUAUUUCAACCGUAACUAUUUAUUCUCUAACGUCUAAACUUUUCAUUUUAUCUAGAAGUCAUUAAAACUCUAGCAAUUUUAAAUAUUUAUUGAAAAAGACAUAACCUUUACUAUUCCAUUCAUUCAAAAAACUUGGAAUUAUUAUUUUAUUCAAGAUAAGUAGUUAAUUAUUAAUAAAAAUGUUUGACCAAAGUAUUGUGGGUAUUUGUUUACUUCUUUUCCUAGCACUUGUUUUUAACUUUUCCAUCCAUAAAAUUGAAGAGGGUCAUGUUGGAGUUUAUUUCAGAGGAGGUGCAUUAUUACCUCAUGUCAGUCAGCCUGGGUUUCAUAUGAUGGUUCCACUUCUGACGACUUACAGAUCUGUUCAAGUUACUUUGCAGACUGAUGAAGUGAAAAAUGUCCCUUGUGGAACAAGUGGUGGAGUAAUGAUUUAUUUUGAUCGAAUUGAAGUUGUAAAUAUUCUUGAUGCUAAUGCUGUGUACAAUAUGGUAAGAAAUUUCACAGCUGAUUAUGAUCGAGUAUUAAUUUUUAAUAAAGUUCAUCAUGAGUUGAAUCAAUUCUGCUCUGUUCACACAUUACAUGAAGUUUAUAUUGACUUGUUCGAUCAAAUUGAUGAAAAUUUAAAAACUGCCUUGCAAAAAGAUUUACAUGAGUUGGCACCAGGCUUAAGUAUUCAAGCUGUUCGUGUAACAAAGCCUAAAAUUCCUGAAACAAUACGGAAAAAUUAUGAAUUGAUGGAGGGAGAAAAGACCAAGUUAUUAAUUUCUAUAGAGCAUCAAAAAGUGGUAGAAAAAGAUGCUGAAACAGAUCGUAAGAAAGCUUUAAUUGAAGCUCAAAAAGAAUCCCAGGUUGCUGAAAUUCAGUAUAAACAGAAAAUCAUGGAGAAAGAAUCAUUACAGAAAAUAGCAGCCAUUGAAAAUGAUCUGCACCUUGCUAGACAAAAAAGUCUUUCAGAUGCUGAGUAUUAUAAACAGCAAAAACAAGCCGAGGCAAAUAUGUUAUUAUUUUCUAAGGAAUAUUUGGAAAUAAAAAAAUAUGAAUCCUUAGCUAAAAAUUCAAAGAUUUAUUAUGGACAAGAAAUUCCCAAAAUGUUUGCUUUAGGAGGAUGUUCUCAAGAGCCUUCUUUAGGAGCAACUGCUACUAGUGCAUUAAAAUAUGCUCAAGAAUCAAGUGAUUUAUGACUUAGCUUUGUUUAUCUUCCUGUUAUAUAUUUGGCUCGUGUUAUUAUUUCUCGUUAUGUAUUAUGUUCUUUGUAAGUAUAAAUUAUAUUGUUUUCAAGAAUAAAUUAAACCAUUUUAUAAA